AAUGCAUUGGAGUAGUUGGGCGAUAGCGCUCAACGUGCUCGUGCUGGCUUUGGCCGACAGUGCUCCUGAAAGAUUCCCAGAGGAUCAUGUGGACCUGGUACUUCCUAUGAAAAUGAAAUACGACAGUCAUCUUCGACAAGCUGAUCUUCCACCGCACUUCAUUGGUGCCAAUGAGACGAACUUGGUUCCGCUCACCUUGAGAUUGGAGACUAGGAGGAAGAGAUGCUCGUGUGGAUGUUCGGGAUGUGAUCUUUUCCCGAAUAGAUCUUGUUGUUCGAGCUCUUGCUGCUCCUCUCAAAAACCAAUCCCACUUGCCUGCUGUCCGCCACCUCCCCCACCAAAACCGUGUUGCCAGCCAGCCUUCGGCCCUUGCUGCCCGGCAACCCCAAACUGUUGCCCGAAACCCUGCUGCCGAGGUCGUCGCCCCGAAUACGAAGAGUACGAGGACGAGGAAGGCAACCCUGGAGGCGUCCCAGCACCACCAAACCCACCAAGAACUUGCUGUCCUCCACCAACACCUGCUGCUCCACCACCGCCACCACCUCCACCACCACCGGCUCCGGAAGCUCCAACGCAAUGCUGUGGAUCACAGCCUUAUGGAAGAACACCGUGCAGGUCCGGAUGUCCGAAUGGAGAUUGUGGAUGCGGAAGACCUUGCUGUUACUAUCAGAACCCCACAUGUUGUAAUCAAGGGCAAAAGGCUUGCUGCCCACCUGAACAGCCUUGCUGUCCUGAGUUGAAGCUGGAUAACUGCCUCGCUUCGGUCCCACCUUGCCUUCGCGCCUGUCCAUCGUGCCCUUGCAGAAAACGUCUGAUGCUUGGGAAGAGAACUAAGAGAGACGCACCGGGGCUUCAUUGCCAGCCAAUCGGACUCCUUGGUCAACAAUCCCCACCGACUCUGAUUUCAAAGCCGGUAAAGACCAUAAUAAAAUCAAAAUCCCGCGUUGCUGGAACCAAGACAUCUCAAGUGUCCGUCACCAAAAAGCUCAUCGAACAAUCCUCUGACCACGUGGAAUCGCCUCCAACAGCCGGAAGACUCUACGACUUCCGAAGAGCCCACGUUCGAGUCAAGAGAAACAUGAACUUUGGAAAUGGAGCAUGCCAGCUGUGUCUGAACGGAACUCCGCUCAAGAGAACCAAGCGGUCUCUCGAUUGUGUUCCGUGUACCUACCUACAACCACAAUACUCUGAUUGGAACCCGUUCCUCGGAGAUCAAACGCCACGCGGAUCGCAGUCGCCAGUUGGAACUCCACUCGCCGGGCACAGAACUAAGAGAGCUGGCUGCCUUCCUCAUCCACAAUGUACCCUGCAUGUCCGUCGCUAUAAGAGAAACCUGAUCGGAUCCCAAUAUUGUGAGCCAUGCAAUGGACACUACGGUAGAAAGAAGCGGGAAGCCGAGAGAGAUCAGUGCUUGAAAAGAGAGAAAAGAUAUGCAGAUGAACAGUGUGAUAACGAUGAGUUCAGUAUCAAUGAGCGAAGCAAACGACAAGCCUACAAUCCAAAAGGAAUUUUGGAUAUCGUGAAGCUCCUAUCCAAGGCCUCCUCAGGUGGCAACAAUCCAGGAGGAUGCAUGAAGUUCCCAGCCUGUGUUCUGGCUCAGAAGAAGAGAAGAAAGAGAAAUGCAGAUCGGCUCGACACGUACUACAAAGCUGUGGAGGAGCACAAGAAGCUGGUGGAAGAGUACGAGAUGGCGAUGGAGGAGCACAAGAGAGUCAAGCGGCAGUUCUUCGCUCCGGAUAAUGCUGCAUCCUGUGUUCCGUGUCCGGCAUGGGUGACACUUGCCUUGGCUAGCAGAAAGAAGAGAGAAGUCGAGAAGGUGGAGAAGCAUAUGACGAUGAGCGAAGCUAUCGCGGAUAUCAGAGCAAAGAAGGGGUAUAAGGAAGGAUUUGAUGAUGAUGAUGAGGACGACGAAUCCUCUGAGGAAACCAUCGAGACCCGCAGAAAGCAACGCCGCUCCUGCCAACAAAGUGACGAUUGCCUGAACAACGUCGAGUACGCAGUCUUCCAAAAAGUCUAUGCAGACAAGAGAACCAAACGAGAAGCCGUGUUCCGUCGUAAGAAGUGCUCGAGGUGUGGAGUCUCUGGGCUCACGCCACAUCGUGUCAAGAGAAACUUCGGGCAGCCGAAUAUCAACGUCUCGGAGCAGAAUUGCAUGGCAUUCCCACAGUGUCGGCAUAGAGUGAAGAGAAACUUUUUGGGAGAAGACUGUAACAUCUGUACACAGGAUACUGGUCUGAAGCGGAGGAAGAGAGACUUCGGAACAGCGCAAUGCUACCCAUGCCCAGGAACACGUUCAUAACUUGAAGCGACUCCCUCCGAUUCUCACAUAUCACAUAAAUACCACCUCGUAAUAAUAAUUCAACAUGACUAAUAAAACAAAUAAGUACAU